CUACUCUCUGUCACAGAGGGACCUCUCUCUAGUUGUGGAUUACUGGGUGGAAAAUGUCCGGUACUGUCAAACCUCUGACUUCCUUCCUCAUAGAGGAUAUUCUCUCUGUUAAGGACGGCACCAGAUUCAACAGCAAAAGCUCCUUGCAGAACGUGGAGAGAUGGAAAGAGGAGUGUGAAAUGUUGUCGGAGCAGCUCUGCCCUCAGGAGACAGGAUUCAGGGUGCAGACAGAGUCUCUGGACUCCUCGUGUCCCAGCUCCUCAGACUUGAGCAGCUUCUCCUCCUCAGGGAAACAAAAACGCUCCAGAGCUGCAUUCACACAUCUCCAAGUACUGGAACUUGAGAAGAAGUUCAACCACCAGAAAUACCUUUCUGCCCCAGAGAGGGCUCACCUGGCCAGCACCUUAAGACUAACUGAGACUCAGGUGAAAAUCUGGUUUCAGAACCGCAGAUACAAGACUAAACGGAAACAGCAAAACUUUGAGUUCUGUAAGGAUGAGUUCAAAGCAGAGGGAUUGAGUCUGAGAGAGGAUUUGGUGCGAUCAUCACUGAUCACAACCUUCUGUAAAACUUAUCAAUACAGACCUUACCUGUGGGACUACGGUGGCCCCUGGGGGACAACAUUGUGGUAAAACUGAAAUUAUGUAAAACUUUAUAACCGUAAAACUGUGUUUAUCAUCCCUAAUAUAAAGUUUCUU